UACAUUGGAACAGCCUUUGAUUAUCUUUCUGAAGUCUCCGUUCUUUUACUCCCCCUGUCUUUCUCACUGUCAGGUGUCCAUGUUAAUAAAUUACUUAACAAUCUGUUCUACCACUUUAUAAAGAGAUUGUGAAGGAAUCCAGAGAUCACAGAAGAAACACUGCUUGAAACUGAAAGGUAUUAUGAAUCAUCUGAAAAUGAGGGUACUCGCUGUUGUCCUUGUUUUGGUGCUUUGUGUGUGGAGGGGAACUUUGAGUGUUCAAGUCAUGGUUGGGGACAGGAGUUUUCCCCUGGAGGCAGUGAAGCAGCUGAAGGAGCUGAUGGACUUGGAAGACAACCUUAACCCUCACCUCACAGAGACAAGUACCGCUGCCGUUUGCGCCCACCCUCUCCUGCCUCAAGUCUUUCGCCCAGUGUGCCAAGGGAAGGGCGCGGGAAUUAUUUUCUCACGACUUGUGCACAUCAUCAUGUCACCUGAUCCUUGUGAGAUAUGUGCCAACCCUUCCUGCUUUGGAUGUCUGGACUAAAAGUCCCAACUGUUAGAUGCUCAAACACAUCGAUUGAGAGCCUCAAGGGGGACUCGUCUUCAAUAGCUUCAUUUUCCACAUCUCUAUGUUUAAGGCUUCCAUGGAAAUAACAAAACCCAGCUCGUCACCCAGCAAUAAGCCCUUAAGGCCUCAUGGCUCAGCGGUCAACAGAAUGAAUUUUGGAUAGCAGUUACAUUUAAAAAUUAUUAGAUGUGGUAUUUUUUUUAUACAUGCACAUUCCAGAUGUUGGUAAUUAUCUAUUAUUGCUUCAAAGUUUGUUUCAGAGAUUUACCACAUCACUUGAAUAAGACAUUCAAUUUGGUAGAAAGCCAAUGAAGUAGCAACUACAUGUAACAUAGAUUUUUGCAUGUCUAUUAUUGGGCUUAUGUUUGGACACUCAUGAAUGACGCCUUUAAUCACAGCUUCCACAGGAGUCACUCAUCUACCCUUUAGACAACCUUCAUUUAGUUUUAUUUAAAGCUGCUCUCCUGCCUACGUCGCCUCUAAAUUGCAGCUGCUCAUCUAUAAACUGCACAACCAAAUGAGACUAAUGGAUCAGUUAAUGGAUAGAUCAAAUGAAAGAGGUGAACCAUAACAAUUACUGUAAAAAAAAACAAAACAAAAAAACAGUGGUGACUUAUGCAUGUUUGUACCAGUUUGUUCCUACAAAAUUUGCAUUAAAAUGUUUUCAAA